AUGUCCCCACGUGCCCAACGCGCUGAGCAAGGCGGUAGGCCCUGCUCCACGGCGGGGAGCUCGGCGGCGAAAUCCCCUCCGGCGACGGCGGGGGAGAGGGAUCAGGACCGACAGGUGGAGGAGGAGACAAUGGCGGAGUUGAUGGGGGGGGCGACUGCACAUCUGGAGACUCCUCCGCCCUCAGAUACCCCAUCACCUCCCACGGGAUUGGGAUGCGCCUUCCGCCAAGAAACAGCUGCGGCCAUUCCAACGGCGCCGGUGACGGAGCAGCCGAUGAGGAGGGCUGAGGUGCAGGAGACGCCGAGGGGCGAGGCGGCGGCGGCUGCGGUGGAAGGUGGAAGCAUCGCAGCGGCGACUGCGCCGGUUGAGGCUGUGGAAGAUGUGGCUGCUGCCGCUGAGGCGCCAGCGGAGGCUGCGGUGGAUCAGGAACCGUCUGAGGCGGUGGCGCUAUCUGCGUCACCGGCGCCGGUAAUGGCGGCGGUGUUGGCUGCGGCGGUGACUGCUGGGAGCCUGGCCGACGCCCCGGUCGAGGGGGAGGUAUUGGUGGCCGCCGUGAGCGCCAGAACAUCUGCUGCCACCGAGGGCGCAGACACGCAGAAGUACUACCAGGCGGCGAGCGGAAGACGGGGUCACGGGACCGGUGCCCCUGGGCGCGCCGCUUGCGGAAGGGGCGGGAGGAAGUUCCGCGCCCAGCCAGCGCCGAGGCGGCCCGGAGCAGGGCUGGGACCUGGCGCCCCGGGUCCCCUUCAGGGCUGGAGUGUGCAAGAGCAGUCUCCACUAUCGCAAGAGCGUCAACCUCCAUCUGUGGAACCAGAAAGAGGGGGGAGCAACAAGGAAGCUGACGUCAGGCACGUGGCAGGACACAUCGCCCCGGAGGCAGCGACUACACAAGGCACAGAGCAGGAAACACGGAGUUCCACCCAUGCACAAGGAAUUACAUGGGGCCGUCUGAGGAUGGGACUGGCGAGACAGACACAGUCACCGUGGAUCCCGGCGGGAAGAGCGCCACAGGCCGGGCGGGGGGGCGGAACAAUGAGAGGCGGACCGGGGAAGGAGCGCCAAUUCGUGGGGCCCGAGGCAGAGGACGCGGGGCAAGAGGUGGAAGAAGGGGCGGGGGCGCAAUCGUCGGCGGAAGGGAGGCGCUUAUGA